CGCUGACUUCCGGGAAGGGGGCGGCUGGGGCCGGGCCGUGGAGCUGGAGCUGGAGAUGCCCUGAGCCUGGUGUCCGGGGCUGGGAGGCACAGGGAAGCACCAUGGACCCUGAGAUCUCCAUCAUGCUGCAGUGUCCGUCUCCCAAGGGCCUGUCAGAGACAGAGGUGCGGGCUGAGCUCUCCCCAGCCUACGACCGGCGCCAGCUGCCCGGGGGCCAGGCCUGGAUCGACGCUGUCUGGGAGGCCCGGUGCCGCCACAGCCCCUGGCUUUUCAACGGCUCCAAAUUCCGGCUGCAUUCAGCCCAGCUGGAUGGGGAUUCCCUGACCUUUCGUCUGGGCCUCACCUGCUACAAGGACUUUCUGGGUACCAACCGGGCUGGCAUGGCCAGGCACCUCCAGCAGCAGGGGCGGCAGGACUUUGGGGACAGCCAGGCCUACCUGGCGGAGCCGCUGGGAGUGGGCGCCAUGGUGCAUACCGCUGAUGACUGCUUCGUCUUCCUACGGCGCAGCCUGAAGGUGGGCGAGGCGCCUGGCCUCGUAGACAUCCCCGGGGGGCAUCCUGAGCCACAGGCUGUGGUGGGGGAUGUCCCAGAAGAAUCCAUCCGUUUGCAGGAUCUCCCCAGACAGAUGGUUGUCAAGGAGAUCUUCACCUCCAUCCUGCGGGAGAUCCGAGAUGAGGUCAACCUGCCACUGCCCACCCUAAGCCAGCCAGUGCUGCUGGGCAUCGCUCGGAACCAGACCAGCGCAGGUCGGGCCAGCGCUGAGUUCUAUGUCAGGUGCAGUCUGACGUUGGAGCAGGUGAAGCAGAGAUAUGAGAUCGGGGGGCCUGAAGCUCAGGAAUCCACUGGCAUCAUCUUUAUCAAGAGAGAGGACGUCCUGACUCUGGAGCAGACCGGAGGGAUGUGGAGGGAGCUGUGCCCAUCUGCCAAGGGGGCUGUCAGACUCUACACCCUGGUUCAGGGUGGGGGGCAGUGACAGGAAAGGGACUGACCCCCCCGGGCCACCAUGGGGGCUUUUCUGUGCCAAACUGAGCAUCGACAGACCCUGCAAGCUCUCUGCACAUGCCAGCCCUAUGUCGUGGAGCCAGCAGGAGGGGGAUCACUGCAGGAGCAGACUCACCUCUCCAGGGGUAGGGCCCAAUUCUG